AACACAUCUGCUAUGUGAAGGGUUUAUGGAAGGUUAUACAAUUUUACCUUUGAAUUCCAUUGAAAUUGAAGUUUGGGUUUACAAUUUUUUUGCGUAUGUAGACUGUUGCACAUCAUGAAUCAGGUCAUGCCGUUGCUGGGUGAUUUUUUGGAACACGCAGAACUGUUUUUAAAAGUGAAGACGGUUCCUUGAGGUCUGCACUCGCUUUUCAGUAUGUCCCUUAUGAAAACUUGUUGAUGACUGAAGAGUAGCUUUUCGAUUUGACUUGCAUCUCACUGGGGGGUUGUGUAGCUCAACGUAUGACUUUGCAUCCUGCACAGAAAAGAGUCCUUUUGCCAAAAUUUAUAUGCUUUCUUCUGAAGUCUUUCAAACAUGCAUUAAUUCUUAAACAAGAGUGACUGUAUUCCUCUGUGGGCUAGCUAUAGGAGUGCUUGGGUCUUCUGUCAAUGCUCCCACGGUUAUGCUUGCUAAUUUUGUGGCCACUCCAUUAGAGUUGGGCUAAUUUUGUGGCCUCGUCCGGGCUACAGUUGUCUCCGAGUUUGAGUUCUGGUUUGAAAGCUGGUUCUACUGCAGGAACUACGACUGCUAAUGUUAGUCCUGCCUCCACACCUUCGUUUAUUGCAUUUGGUGUGACAUCGUCGGCUUCUACUACAGCUUCCACAACUGCCUUUUCUGCAUUUGCUGUGACGUCAUCGGUUUCUACUACAGCUCCCACACUCGCCUUUCCUGCAUUUGGUGUAACCUCAUCGGCUUCUACUGCAUCUUCCUCACUGGUAUUUCCAGCAUUUGGUGUAGCGUCAUCAACUGCCACUACAACUGAGACACCUGCUUUGACUGGAUUUGGUGUAACUUCGUCUGCUGCUUCUACUACAACUUCCACACAGGCAAUUACUGGAUUUGGUGUAACUUUGUCGACUAGUACCACCACAGCUGCAACACCUGAUGGAUCUGUGCUAAGUUGAUUUAUCAUUAUCCCACAUGAAGAUCAUUAUCACCACAGCUGCAACACCGGAUGGAUCUGUACUAAGACUUCAAAAACAAAAAAAUACCUUUCUCCCUCUAAUUGUUUGCUCAAAUGGCUAACACAGAUCCGUCUAACGAAUUUACCUCCAACGUCCCGCCAUGUUCAGCCCCCAAUGCCGCUCCAGUCUCACCUGUUCCAGCCUCCAAUCCCGCUUUCAACCCAAUUGUUGCACCAUCUCCCCCGCCAUCACCGCAUCUGGAGACUUUGGAGAAAACCAAGAAGAAGAUGGAGACAACAUAUGACCAACUGGUCGAAGCACUUUACCAAAAAGGUUUAGCUUUAGUGGAAGUUGCGUCUCUUAAGGUGAAAUGGCUGCAUUUUCUGCAAACAUGGGUGCAGAAGUCAUGGAUAAACCUGAUGGACAGUCUUCUCCAGACUCCGGGGGCCAGCCAGAUAUGUUUCAAGAGACUUCCAAAGAGUUGCAGAAAUGAGCAGACACUAAAUCAUCUAAAUUUAGCAAUCUUUUGAUGAUACGUGAACGACAUAGUAGUAGACGUGGCAUUGCACUCAAGUGUGCAUUGAUCAAUGAUGACUGUUGUUGCUGCUUGAGGUGGAAUGAAGACGCUUAGGCCAGAUUUGCAGCGGGUUUACAUGACUAGAGCAUCUGCUUACAGAGAUGCAUUGAAGAGCUUCAUAAAAGGUUAGCAAGAUGGAAUACAGGAAGUCAUGGAUAAAAAGGAUUACCCUAAACCCCUUCAACAAAAUGCUGACCCAAGAAAGUCCACUUGAUCAAUCAAAGGAUCACGAAGCUCUUUAUUGUUCAAGUCCACUUGAUUAAUCAAAGGAUCACGAAGCUCUUUAUUGUUUAAGUCUAACUAUGUACCCGGAUGUAUAUUUUGCUUUUAAAUUGUAAAAUUGGUCAGUUUUAUGAGUUUUGAAACAUUUUAUUAUGAUAUUAGAUUGUUAAUUUCUAAA